UUGUGUCUGUAAACAUGGCGUCCAGGUGUUACGGAGGUAGAAGUUUUACUGAGAUUUUAUAUAUUUUUAAAAUGCUUCUGUUUUUGUUUUGCUUGUACGCGGCUGUUCGAGCAGAAAUACGAACGGCUGUUAUCGACAAGCAAACGGGACAGCUGUCUGUCAUAGAGGGAUAUCGAGAGGAUUUUGUGGCUUGGGCAAACUUCACUGAUGAUAUCGACGCAUCAGGCUGGUCUUUCUUGGAGGUCACUACCAGCAGCCAGUACAAUGACAGCAUCCAAGCCUACGCUGCAGGAGCAGUUGAGGCUGCAGUAACCUCUCAGCUAAUCUAUAAGCACUGGAUGAACACUCUGAUGGGUUACUGCGAGCCCUUGAUGUAUGAAUCUGCUUACUGCGAGCGCCUUAAAUCUUACAUAAUAACCAAUAUGCAGUGGAUUCAGGAGCAAAUCAAGAAGAACCCAAAUUCACCCUACUGGUACCAGGUGCAUCUGACAUUUCUACAGCUGAAAGGUCUGGAGGACAGCUACAAUGACCAGCUAUCUUUCCCAACAGGGACAUUCUCCCUCAACCCAUUUGGCUUCCUACUUUUUCAAAUGGGUGGCGAUCUUGAGGACCUGGAAUCAGCUCUGAAUAAAUCCAGCCAAACUCGACCCAUUGGCUCUGGCUCCUGCUCUGCAUUGAUUAAGCUUCUGCCUAACAAUAAGGAACUGCUGGUGUCACACGACACUUGGAACACCUACCAGGCAAUGCUGCGCAUCAUGAAGAAAUACAUCUUUGCCUUCAAAGUUUCGCCUCUAGACAAUUAUGUUCUUCCUGGAAGAAUUCAGGCGUUCUCAUCUUAUCCUGGAUCGAUCUUCUCUGGAGAUGACUUUUAUAUCCUAAGUAGUGGCUUGGUUACUUUGGAAACCACCAUUGGCAACAGCAACCCUGCUCUGUGGAAAUAUGUUCAGCCCACAGGAACAGUCAUGGAGUGGCUAAGGAACAUUGUUGCAAAUCGACUGGCUGCUACUGGCAAGGACUGGGCAGAAAUUUUCAAACAGUACAACAGUGGCACGUAUAACAACCAGUGGAUGAUUGUUGACUACAACCACUUCACUCCAGGAAAGACCGACAUCACAGAGGGGCUCUUUGUUGUGUUGGAGCAGAUUCCGGGACUCGUCAUUUAUACUGAUAAAACUCAGGAACUGCUGAAGAAAGGAUACUGGGCUAGUUAUAACAUACCGUACUACGUGGAGAUAUUUAAUGCCAGCGGCUGCAAUGAGUUGGUUGAGAAGUUUGGCUCGUGGUUUUCUCUGGACCAGAAUCCUCGGGCUCAGAUUUUCAGGAGAAACCAGACAGAUGUCACAGAUGUGGAUUCCAUGGUUCGUCUCAUGAGGUAUAAUAAUUUUAAAGAAGAUCCACUAUCAAAGUGUGACGGCUGUAAUCCACCUGAAAAUGGAGAGAAUGCAAUCUCAGCACGUUCAGAUCUGAACCCAGCUAAUGGAACAUAUCCAUUUGGCGCCUUAAAGCAGAGACCACACGGAGGAACAGACAUGAAGCUGACUUCCUAUGAGAUGUUCCGAGAGUAUGGCAUGCUGGCAGUGAGUGGGCCAACCUGGGACCAAGUGCCAACGUUCCAGUGGAGCACUUCCCCCUACAAAGACCUGAUGCACAUGGGUCACCCUGAUGUCUGGACUUUCAAGCCUAUAAAAGUCAUCUGGACUUCUUAAGUGGCAUCAUAGGGUAUAUACAAUAAGGAUAUUAAUAAAUGUAAAUGGUUCGUGCUAUGCUGUUUGACAAAGGGAAAUGGUAAAAACAAUCAUCACUGCUUGUCACAAAAGUGUUGAAGUGGUACAGUAGUAGUUUUAUAAUAGUCUACUAUUUGAAUAAGAAGACUCAAGAGUUGAUUGUUUUUGAGUUUUCUAUUUCUAAUCUAAAAUUGAAUUCUGAUUUUCACCAAUCUAAUAAAUAUGCACAUUUCUUUGGAGAAAUCACCAAGUAUUAAUACUCACAUUGAUACUGAUGCACUUUGUCAUGUUUUGAUUGUAGAAUGAAUCAUUCUGUAUUUUCUGAACUUUUUAAAAAAAAAUUUUAAAUAAACAAUGAAGGAAACCUUUUUUUCUAAAU